CGGACCGCAGCAUCCAGCGGCUGUGCCAGGAGGUGGGGAGGGGGCGCGGGGGGGGCUACGGGGGCAUCAUGGCAGAGCUGCUGCUGCGGGGGCAGCUCCCGCUCGACGCCGUCAAAGCCAACGUCACCGAGUUCACGGCCGGCGGCGUGGACACCACCGCGGUGCCGCUGCUGUUCGCGCUGUUUGAGCUGGGCCGCAACCCGCCGGUGCAGAGCGCGUUGCGUGCGGAGCUGCGCGCGGCCGAGGCAGGGGCCGGGGGCGCGCGGCCGCUGCACGCGCUGCUGGGCGUGCUCCCGCUGCUGCGCGCGGCCAUCAAGGAGACCCUCCGGCUGUACCCGCUGGGCAUCACGGUGCAGCGGUACCCGGCCCGUGACGUCGUCCUGAACAACUACCGCGUGCCCGCGGGGACGCUGUGCCAGGUCGCGCUGUACGCCAUGGGCCGCAGCCCCGACGUGUUCCCGCAGCCCGAGCGCUACGACCCCACGCGCUGGCUGGGCCGCGACGACACGGCCUUCAGGGCCCUGGCCUUCGGCUUCGGCGCGCGCCAGUGCAUCGGGCGGCGCCUGGCCGAGGCCGAGAUGAUGCUGUUCCUCAUGCACAUCCUGCGGAACUUCUCCGUGGAGGCCGUGUCCACCGAGGACAUCCGCAUUGUGUUCCGCUUCAUCCUCAUGCCCGAGACGUCGCCGCUGCUCACCUUCCGCGCCCUGGACUGA